GUUCUUGUAUUCUCAUUCUUCGAGUACAUUUCUACGGAGGGCGAACUGCUGGCUGAUAUUUACUGAGGAAGAAAUCUUAAUUCCUGCAAUCGAUUUUCGAGAAAUGAAGUUCAUCAUGGAGUUUGCUGAGAAUUUGGUACUAAGACUUAUGGAGGAUCCAAAAGAGAGGGAUCGGAAGUUCCGAGAGCACGUGUACGCGGUGAAGGAUCGAUGCCAAAAGACGAAGGAGAUGUGGAGCUAUCCAAUCCGUCCUUACGGAUUUUGGACAUUUGAGCGCCACAAUUGUCAGCUGCGGUGGGACGCACAAAUCAGCCAGGUUCCUGGUAGGAGGGAUCCUUACGAUGAUUUGCUUACGGACAUCAACAAUAACUCCAAGUGAUAAGAUGUUUGGUAGAGCUCUGAAAUCUGUGGUGGUAUCUGGGAAGCUCCCAAGCAAUUGUUUGAACGUUUAUUUUGUUGUUGUUUAAACUGGAGAAGUACCUUGUGGGUUGUAUUGUCAAACGGAGAUUUUGCUGCUGGAAUAAACGUGCUUUUUAGCUCAUAAGAUAUAUUUCAAGCUGGUGAAUUUGAGCACAUUGUUUUUCUAA